ACAGACCAUUUCCGCUGCAGCAGCGAAGAGCAUCAAAGAAAGAAAAUGUGGAUCGAGGUGAAGAAUUACGGCAAAUAAAUCACAGCAAAUUGACAAAUCGGUUGACAUUGGAAAUACAUUUGCUCGAGAUAGUAAGUACAGCGGGGGGAUUACGUCGUUUAACAACAUCUCUAGUCAGUGUAACCAAACAACAGCAUCAUUCCCUUGUUCUGCUGUUCGCUAGGGAACAACUUGUAGCGAGGUAGCCAGUUACGCUAGUUAGCUAGCACGCUAGUCAACUAAAUUAGCUAAGCAGCUGAUAACGGUCACUAUUAAACGAGAUGGGGACAAGAGCGAGCCGUUCACAAGAAGAUUCAAUCCCUUCGGCUCUAGGAAAAGAUGGCACAACGCGGGAUUCAUAUAGGCGGAACCGAUGCUGUAGGCCGACCAGUCUUAUGGUGGACUUCUCUGGGAGUUUUGAAGAUACGGAUACCAACCGUAGCCGAUCAGAGGAGGGCAGUGAUUCGGACAUAGGGCAACAGGCAAGCGCUGAUGCAAGCCCUGCUGAUCACCACAGCCUCCCCUCUAGUAUUAGCCAAGCAUCACCAACAGACGACAAUAGUGAUUGCAAGCCUGAUGAAGCGGAUAAUGACGGCAGUCCCGUGGUUGUUGUUAACGGGGAACAUCAGUCUGGAGAUGAUACAGGCCGCGUGCCCCACCGCACUUUUUCUGAACGUCUACCCGGUAACCGGCACUUUACCGGGCGUAACGUCAGCGCAAGAUCCGCACGGGUGCGAGGCACUCAUCAACGCCCCAUGUCGGAGGCUUGGAUUGGUCUCUACCGUGUAAACAAUCGCCCCAACAAUAUCCGCUGCCCUUUCUGCACCAAGCCUUUCCCUGGAAGCAGGAUUGAAGAUCAUCUGUUGAACUGCCUUACCUCUCCCCCUCUCCCCUACAACACGGAUGUGCUCAGUAAGGACAGCGGGGAGUGCUCCAUCUGCCUUGAGGACUUGUUGCAGGGAGAGACCAUUGCCCGGUUGGCUUGCCUGUGUGUCUACCAUAAGAGCUGCAUUGAUUCCUGGUCCAAGGUGAAGCCCUGCUGUCCUGAACACCCAUUCGAUUAACUCGUGUGACAUGUACACCCCACAGUCACACACCUGACUCAGGAGACUACACUGUAUCCCAUACUGCAGAAUAUAUAUAUAUAUAUAUAUAUAUAUAUAUAUAUAUGGGACUCUGCUUAAUCCAAGCCUCCUUAUCCUUCAUAUAUCUAGGAGGAGGUAUCUGCUGCCCUGGGUUCAGACCACUGAGGCCAACACUGGCAACAGGGUUCCCUGUCCCUUGAAAGUCACCCCUGAGCUGCUGGCCUUCAGACAAAAGACACGUCAAACAAAAAGAGAAAAGAUCGAUUUAUCAACCUGCCAACAGCCCCAGUCUCUCUGGGUGACCUACACAGCUUGGUCUGGGAGGUGCGUUUAAAUAGGGUUUAUGUCUGACGGCUUCCACCCUCGUUUUUUGUGUGUUUUUUCCCCAACAUACUUUUUCUUUCUGGCUGCAAAAAAAACAAAA